AGUAAGAGUGAAACUAAACUACAGAUUUAGCAGAAGCCAUUACUGAGCUCAGAACAGACGGAGACAGAAUGGCGUCUGGAUCUCCUUCUCUCCUGGAAGAGGAGCUCUCCUGUCCUGUGUGCACUGAAAUCUUCAGGGAUCCUGUUGUCCUGAAUUGCAGUCACAGCUUCUGUAAGGCCUGUCUGCAGCAGUACUGGGAUCAGAAGGGAUCUCCGGAGUGCCCAGUUUGCAGGAGAAGAUUUUCAAAGGAACAUCCUCCCAUUAACCUGUCUCUGAGGAAUAUCUGUGAGACGUUCUUAAAGGAGAGAAGUCAGAGAGCUAAAGCAGGAUCUGAAGUGCUCUGCAGUCUGCACAGUGAGAAACUCAAAGUCUUCUGUUUGGAUGAUCAAAUACCCAUCUGUGCUAUCUGUCAAAUUUCAAAAAAACAUGAAAACCACAAAAUGCGACCAGUUCAGGAGGCUGCCGAAGAGUAUAAGGAGAAACUCAGGACUGCACUGGCUCCACUGCAGGAGAAGCUAAAAGCCUUUAAUGCAGUGAAGCUAAUCUGUGAUCAAACAGCAGAGCACGUCAAGAGCCAGGCCCAGCGCACAGAGAGACAGAUAAAGAUGGAGUUUGAGAAACUUCAGCAGUUCCUAAAAGAGGAAGAGGCAGUCAGGAUCACUGCACUGAGGGAGGAAGAGGAGCAGAAGAGUCAGAUGAUGAAGGAGAAGAUUGAGAAGAUGACAGAAGAGAUAUCAUCCCUUUCAGAACAGAUCAGAGCCUUAGAACAGGAUCUGGGAGCUGAAGAUGUCUCAUUCCUGCAGAGCUACAAGGACACACAAAACAGAGCCCAGUGCACCCUGGGGGAUCCAGAGAAGGUCUCAGGAGCGCUGAUUGAUGUGGCCAAGCACCUGGGCAAUCUGAAGUACAGAGUAUGGGAGAAGAUGCUGGGGACUGUUCAAUACACUCCUGUGACUCUGGACCCAAACACAGCACAUCCCAAACUCUCACUGUCUGAGGAUCUGACCAGUGUGAGACACAGUGGUGAGGGACAGCAGGUUCCUGAUAAUCCAGAGAGAUUUCAUACAGGGUGGUGUGUGCUGGGCUCUGAGGGAUUCAGCUCAGGGAGACACUGCUGGGAUGUAGAAGUGGGGGGUGUGGCCUGGCUGGUGGGUGUGAUUAAAGAGUCCUUCAGCAGGAAAGGGGGUGUGGAUGCGAGCCUAGCAGGAGGAGUGUGGAGUAUAGCCCUGUACGAUGGGAAAUACAGUGCCCUGACCUCCCCACUCACACUCCUCACUGUGCAGAGGGACCUCCAGAGGGUCAGAGUGCAGCUGGACUGGGACAGGGGGGAGGUGUCAUUCUCUGACCCCAGUGACAACACUCCUCUCUACACUUUUAAACACUCCUUCACUGAGAGACUGUUUCCAUUCUUUGUGGGGACUGUGCGGAUCUGCCCACUGAAGGUGUCUGUAAGUGUAAAAUAGCACUGUGGCAUUGUUUGUAAACAUCACUUGAAGUCAAAGGACUGUAUUUGAUCAACUCAGUGCAGAUUAACUCCAAAUUUUAUAAACAAAAACACAUUAUUACAAAAUAUUAUCUAUUAUUUUAAAUGUAAAUACAAACAUUGUAUUGUGCUUGAUGAGAAAUGUGUAAUCUCUCUGAUAUAACCUCAGAAUGUUAUUACUGAGUAAUUCCUGUGGUAUAUGGUGGUAUUGUAAGUACACUGGUGUGUGUGUAAUGAGUCAUUCCUGUGGUAUAUGGUGGUAUUGUAAGUACACUGGUGUGUGUGUGUGUGUGUGUGUGUGUGUGUAAUGAGUUAUUCCUGUGGUAUAUGGUGGUAUUGUAAGUACACUGGUGUGUGUGUGUGUAAUGAGUUGGGGUGUAAUAAAUACACCAGUGGAAUCACUCCAGAGUGCUGCUCUUUUCCUGACCCGUCACCAGUGUGUCUCCCAGGUGUGUGAUGAGGUAAGUCUCUCUCUCCGGUGCAGUAUGAACGCAGACAGAGACAAAUACGCCCCUCAUACACUGGGUUUGGGUUCUACACCCUACACCCUGGCCAGACCUCUUCGUUCAGCCUCCACAGGCCGCUUGGCACCUCCCCCUCUCCGAACUUCCACCUCCUGCUCACGACUACUGUCUGUUCUGGCUCCACGGUGGUGGAACGAACUCCCCGCUGAGGUCAGAACUGUAGAAUCUCUCCCCACCUUCAAGCGCAAACUGAAGACGCACCUCUUCAAGCAGCACCUCUCCCCGUCCCUCCCUACCUCCCUGUGAACCUUA